AUGACAGAGAGGGUGUUGGGGCUUGUGCACCCAGAAUGCAAUCUUCUCCAAGAGCUGAAGAAGAAUGAAUUGGCAUGCCUGCCAACAGCAGAGGAGCUACGCAAUGGGACUGCAGGCUGCCAGAGGGAGUGGGAUGGUCUGCUUUGCUGGCCAGCGAUGGGGGCCGGAGCUUCGGUUGCCCUGCCCUGCCCAGACUUCUUCUCUCUCUUUAGCCCCAAGCCAGGGACAGUGAGGAGAGACUGCACUGGCCUGGGCUGGUCAGACCCUUCCCCGACAUACAUGGAGGCGUGCCCGGUGGAGCUGGAGUCUCUGACUGAGGAGAAAGCCUACUUCUCCACAGUAAAGGCUGUCUACACAGUAGGUUACAGCAUCUCCCUGGCUUCCCUCCUCAUAGCCAGCAUCAUCCUGAUGACGCUCAGGAGGCUUCGCUGCCCCAGGAAUUAUAUCCAUGUCCAGCUCUUCUGUACCUUCAUCUUCAAAGCUGUGGCUGUGUUCCUCAAGGAUGCCACUGUGCUCCAAGGCGAGGAUGAGGUUGACCACUGCACCUUCUCUACGACUAGCUGCAAGCUCUCCGUGGCCUUCUCCUACUAUGCCACCAUGACCAACUUCACCUGGCUCCUGGUCGAGGCCCUCUACCUGACCUGUCUCCUGGCCACAUCCUUCCCCAAUGGCACCAGAUAUUUCUGGUGGCUUGUUCUUGGGGGCUGGGGGUUCCCCACGUUGUUCAUCCUCAUCUGGAUCGGCUUCAAGUUGGCUUUUGAAGACAAAGUGUGCUGGGACAUGAAUGAAGACUCUCCCUACUGGUGGAUCGUCAAAGGGCCCAUCGUCCUUUCGGUUGGGGUCACCUUCGGGCUCUUCCUCAACAUCAUCCGCAUCUUGCUCAAGAAGUUGGACUCUGGACAGAACAACUUCCACAGCCACGCCCACUACCGGCGCCUCUCCAAGUCCACCUUGUUCCUGAUCCCCCUGUUUGGAACUCACUACAUCCUCUUUAACUUCCUCCCGGACAGCGCCGGCGUCGGCCUCCGCCUCGGCCUCGAGCUGGGCUUUGGCUCCUUCCAGGGGUUCCUCGUGGCCGUCCUCUACUGCUUUCUCAACCACGAGGUCCGAGCCGAGCUAAGCAGGAGGUGGCGCGGCCGUCACCGCGGCCUCGAGCUGCCCGGGAGGCCGAGUCGGCCCGGGAGGAGGGCGGCCCGGGGCUCAGGACCCAGGGUGCCGACGUCCGCGUGCUAGAGUCACCAGCUCCGCCCAGCAGCCUCAGCAGCGGCUCCGGCGAGGCCCCCCUCCCCACGUGCCUAGUCCCGGGCUCAGCAAAGCCGCAGGAGAGCAGAGGAGGAGGGGGCGGAGCUGCUGGCCCCUGCUGGGGGGGGGGGCGGGAGGGGGAGGACGACACUUUAGCCCCGCCCCAACCCCGGAACAGUUCCAGAGCUGCAGGUCUCCCCCACCCCCCAGGCCUGCCAGCUUCCGUCCCCGCCACCAGGAAGCCCCCCGGGGAAGUGGAGGGAGGCAGGGUGGCCCUCUCCUCUCGCCCUCUUGGGCCCCUUAGCCUUCUCCUGCUCCCCUGGUAGCCAGUCUGGGUGCCCCCACUCGGCCAGGAGCCGAGAAUAGUCGGGGUGUUCGUCUGGCCUCUGGGCCCAUCUCACCCCUCGUGCCCCAGGCGCCGCCCACGAGGCCCGUCCAGAGCUCUGGUCCCCUGGAAGCCCCCGGAGGGCUGGAGCUCCUGGCUUGUUAAGGCCCAGUAAAAGGGGCCCAGGCGGAGUGGCCCUGCGUGCUCCUCUCCCACAAUCCUCCUCAGGAUGACUCCAGCCUCAGGCUCCGCACCAUGGACAGGGUUGCAGCCCCUCCCGCUGUCUCAAUAAACCCUGAUUAAGCACCUA